UUGAGGAUAAACUUUGAGGCGCAAGAGCUUUUAACGCUGACAUUCAGCUGCAGACUUGGCCUUCAAAAGCAAAAACUGUUUCAGGCCGGACGGGACAGCUAUUUUGACUGAGAAAACUCUUGUUUUCAUUGGUCAGAGCGUUUGUUUUGGUGCAGGUCCGCGUGCGCAAUGAUGGCCACCUACCCAGGCCCGGAGGAUAACGCCAUCAUCCUCAUGGACACCAACUCGAGCUCGGCGGAGAAAGACCGGACCAAAGACGACCCACCGCCCGAGAAGGGCCCGGACAAAUCAGAGCCCGACCAGAAACCGCCGUACUCCUACGUGGCGUUGAUCGCCAUGGCGAUCCGCGAGAGCUCGGAGAAACGGCUCACGCUCUCCGGUAUCUACCAGUACAUCAUCAGCAAGUUCCCUUUCUACGAGAAGAACAAGAAAGGAUGGCAGAACAGCAUCAGACACAACCUGUCACUCAACGAGUGCUUCAUCAAGGUGCCUCGGGAGGGCGGCGGCGAGCGAAAGGGCAACUACUGGACCCUGGACCCGGCCUGCGAGGACAUGUUCGAGAAGGGGAAUUACCGGCGGAGACGACGCAUGAAGAGACCGUUCAGGCCUCCGCCGACGCAUUUCCAGCCCGGUAAAUCUCUGUUCGCCGGAGAUGGGUACGGUUACCUCUCCCCGCCCAAGUACCUGCAGUCGGGCUUCAUCAAUAACUCCUGGUCUCCGUCGCCCAUGCCCUACGCCUCCUGCCAGAUGAGCAGCGGGAACGUGAGUCCUGUUAACGUGAAAGGCUUGUCCGCGCCGUCCUCGUACAAUCCAUACUCGCGGCUGCAGAGCGUGGCUCUCCCCGGCAUGGUGAACUCUUACAACGGCAUGAGCCACCACCACCAUCACCACCACCAUGCGCUCCCACACGCGCAGCAGCUGAGUCCCGCCGCGACUGCAGCACCUCCGGUGUCCGCCGGUAACGGAACGGGUCUGCAGUUCACUUGCUCGCGCCAGCCCGCCGAACUCUCCAUGAUGCACUGCUCGUACUGGGACCACGAAAGCAAACACUCAGCACUGCACGCGCGGAUUGAUAUAUAGCGCGCUUGACUCGAGACCAAAAAGGGAGCAAUAUUUACUCGCUUUAAGACAGCAUAGGCUACAGAAAGCGAUGUUUUAUUUCAAAAUCCCCAUAAAGACAUUUUAUAAAAGCGUUAUUGAGGAAACUCCUUCUCUGGAGCCUCGAAUUAUGGAUCCCUGACGCACGGACUAAAGCAUAAGGAGACUGUUGUGGACAUUUGUGUUGUGAAUGUGCAAAAACGAUUUGAUAGGUUAAUUCAUUUGAAGGCACAGUGGAACUACAACUAUGUUUACCUGAAUCCGUUCUCAACAUCAACGAGCUGUCAAUGACUCUGGAGUGAAGUAUUGGGUUCUGAACCCCUUUCCCAAUUAAUAUAUAGGCUACAGUAUAUUUGCUUUUUGCUUUUUGUGUGUUUAAGGAGACAUGUCGGAGUUUAGGACGGGUAGAUAAACUGAAACUCAGUGGAGACGUGUGUAAAACACACACACACACAUAAUUUGUAAUGUCUACGACAGAUUGGGACCAUGUCUAACUAGCACUUUUCGAUCUUUUCUUUUCUUUUUUUUUUCCUUUUUUUUAUUCUUUAAUAAAAUCUUUUAACAGUUGUCGAUUUUAUA